AUGGUAGAAGAAGGAGGUGACCUUGGCGAUGCAUCGCCAGGAAGUGCCCCUUGUGAAUGCCUUCCUAACAGAGGUGAAAAUGGAUGCAGGGGAGCUCGCUCGGACCAAGGUUACGGACUUCUCGGAUCACAUCGAGAAGUCAGUCCUUUCUUCUUGAGCCUUUGGGAUAUGUACCUCACCUUGGUGAGGGCGGAGAAGGAGGUGGCCUUGGCUAGACGCCAUUCCGAGACCGCGAAAGCCACCACUGUGGGGAGCCUGGAGCGGGAGCUGAAGGAGACGACUCGACGUCUGGAGGCGGUAGAGGAGGCUAGUGCUGAGGCUAAGACGAAGAAGGGGCAGGAGCUAGCUUCUGCGUGUUCUGAGGCAGUGGAGGAGUACAAGGGUUCUGAUGAUUUCAAGAACCUUGUACUUGAUGCCAUGGUGGAGGAGCAGUUCGGCUGGGAGAAGCUAGUGGCGAGGUUUAAUCCAGAUUUGGAUAUAAACUUUGACACCAGUGGCUUGUCUCCUCCCAUUCCUCCUGGCAGGGAUUUACUAUUUGUGUCCCCUUCGUCUGCGGAUGCCACGAGUCCCCCUAAUGCUGAGGCGAGAGGCGGUGCCGAAGUCAACGAAGGUGAGUCGAUCCCAGAGCCUGAGCCUACUGCAGAAAAGGCGCCGGAGGAACAUGCUGAUGCGUGA